UUUUGACGCACCAUGCACAGCCAACUCAUGAGCCCCGAUAUCAUUCGCCACUCGAACGUCUCUUCGUCCAUGGCGUCGCCGACCGCCGCCAACCGCCUCGACCGCACGCGCGUCUCGAUCGAACGCGCCUCGGUGCGCCUACCUGCCGGCAAGAAGAAGCCCGACAGCGCGUGCAUCUUCUUUGUCAUCAAGGUCUUUGACGGCGAGCGCUACCAUAUUAUCGAGCAGAGCUGGGCGGCCUUCUCGGAGCUCAAGGAAGACCUCUUGACGGCGCUCGACGCUGGCCACGCGUGCACCGGCGUAUGCCCGUGGCUCUGGGAAGACCUCCAGCACAACUUUGACCACCCGACGAAGAAGGUCAACCUCCGCACGUGGCUGCACCUCCGCCUGCGCCGCCGCACCAAAGACACGAUCCAAGUGUUUCUCGAGCACUUUCAAGAGCUCCUCGACUCGAUGCUGACGGUGCUGCGCCAGCGCCACAUUCACUGCCGCCAGUUCCACGACGUCUGCGCCGUCCUCGCGCGCUUCAUUGACGUGCGCCCGCCGUCCGUUCUUGGGUCGCCACAAGACGACGCUGCCAGCCUUACGACCUCGGUCGCGUGCUGCUAGACACAUAGUUCUUAUUUUAUCCUAUUUAUUCGCAAUAUUUCAACCAACAUCACUCACUACUGA